ACACGGUUUUUGGCUUGUAACGUAUUUUGUUUGAUUUGCCAGUGCUGGAAAACGCAAAUGCUUCGUUGCGCCCGCAAACAAUUUAUCGCCUAUCGACUCACCUCCACACUUCUAGGCUCGAUAGUUUUGCGGUGACAGCACUGGCAGAACUUUUGUUAUUGUUUUCGUUAAUUGUUGUUAAAUGAAUUCGUCCUACAAUGGAAACGGACGCCAAUAUUGCGGACAUUUCAGACGUCUCAUUUGCUGAAUUCGAAACGAAAACCGGCGACGGAAAUGCCAAUUUUGAUAAUUAUGGCCAGUGUCAGGCUAAACACGAUAUGGCUAUGACUCUCGACCUGUCCUUGGGCCAGAAGGCUGAGCAGCUGUUUGCCACUGACCAAACUCCAACGCCGACGCGGCUGAUUAAAAACUGUGAGGAAGUGGGUCUAUUCGAUGAUCUGCAGCAUGUGAAUCCCUUCGAUAUUGGAUUCCAACGGGCUGCCGAACAAAAUGCCGUUGCAGGUAAAGCCCUGCCAGCGACACCAACCUGUGCAGAAGCACCAGCUACGGAUGGUGACUCGCUGCACACACCGCAGGUAUAUCCACUGGAGACGGCAACAGCUGCUCCGGUGGCUAGCCAGAACAGCAGUCCAUUGGAUGUGCCCGUGACCCAUGUGGAGGAGCUGCUGCAAGCAACGACACCUGCAACUGUGCCCGGGCCCGUGCCCGCAACGGUGGAAAAUCCGCCGCCGCUGCAGCUAAUACAGCCGCCAGUCAUCACAUGGGUGCUGCCAGCGCAAGCAUUACCUAUAAACGCAAUACCUGCCAGCGUCAGCAAACCCUUGCCCGAACAGACUGUGCGUCCUUUUAUAUUGCCCAAGCCCAACGUGCCUGGAAAUAGCAAGGCUUCCACAGGGAUUGUGGUACACAGCACACAGCCUGUACAUGAGCCGAGCAGCGCUAGUCUUACGCCCACAUCACAGUUGCCCAUCAAGGAACGCCUCAAGGCCAUACUCAAUAAUAGCAACAAUAACCGAAAGCAGCGCAACAGCAGCUUUUCAACGCCAGCGCCCAAGGCAAAGGCAGCGGUCAAGCGAAACGAGGAUUGCAUGGAACGACGCCGUGCCGCGGCCAGCCGCUAUCGCCACAAGAUGCGCAAUGAGCACAAGGAAAUCAAGGAUCACAAUGCACAGCUACAGCAAGAGAUACGCAAGCUGCGAGAGCGCAUCAAGACCCUAGAGCUGCAACUCCAACAGCAAAACAACAACAAUGCGGGUGCAGUCGUGGGCAAUCAGAUACAAAUACCCCCAUCGAGCAUACACCUGGUUAUAAAUGUGCCUAAGAUGAUAGUGCCUUCGUCCACAUCAAAUCUGAUGCUAGAUCAAAAGUUUAGAAGACUGUAAAUAUGUACAAGUAGGAUGCUGGUUCGAAUCCCCAAGCUAGCCGCAUAUUUUGCUAGCUAUGUGCUAUUUAAAAUUUAGAUUUAAUACAAAAGAGUCUAUUCAGAUAUGUGCCACUUAAUUGUAUGCAUAAAAUGUUAGCAUUGCUAACAUUUUAUUACAUAUUUGUUAACAUUUAAAUAUGUUUGCCAUUGUUAGUGGCAGAUAGUUUUUUGUUUUUAUUAAUAUUACUUAUGCGUCAGCUGGAGCACAAAAAGCUCGUAAUCAUAAUCAGUCGGAUUUUAAUUAUGAACCUUACUUUUACAGUUUACGCUUAUUGAUUUGACAUAAAUGUUAUAUAAAUUUAAAAAAGUUAAAUUAGGUUUAUUUGUUAAUAAUGCACAA